AUGUUUACUAGAAGAGUCUUACAGUUCAAGAAGCCAGCUGUUAGUCUUGGUAGAACUUUCUCUACCAGAUCAACAUUUGCAAACAUCAGAGCAGGAGCUUUCAUGAGGUCAUCCAGAAGAGUUCUCCCAGCACUUGGAUUCUCCCUUGGAGCUUUCUACGGAAUGAAACAUUUGAAUUAUUCUUCAAAGUUUAGAUUCAGCACUCAGAUGGCUGAAGCUCAGGAGGAGUUCAAAGAGAUUGAAGUAACUGGUCAUGAAAAUCUUGGAGAAGGAGAAAUGAUGGCCUUCCAGGUUGGCCCUAAGGACGGAGACAAGAUCCUGAUUGCCAAGUACCAAGGAAAGAUAUAUGCUCUAUCAAACUUCUGCUCUCAUUUCGGAGUUCCUCUAGCUGGAUCCGUACUUUUAGAAGAUAAAGUUAUUUGUCCUGCUCAUAAUGCAGCAUUCAGCAUUGUUGAUGGAUACCCAGAGUAUGCUCCUGCAUUGAAUGGACUGCCAACAUAUGAGACAUAUGAGAAAGAUGGCAAACUCUUUGUCAAGCUGCCACCCAAUUACAAAGCUUCCAAACAGGUUGACAUGGCCACUAGAGAUGAAUCCAACAAAGCCAGAGUUGUUAUCGUUGGAGGAGGAGCUGCCGGACUCUCAGCAGCUGAAACACUCCGUCAGUCAGACUACACUGGUGAAAUCAUCAUUCUCUCUGAUGAAGACAAGACUGCCUAUGAUAGAACUCUUCUAAGCAAAGUCUUAGUUAAUGGAGAUGCUGACAAGUGGCUUCUCCGUAAGCAAGAUUUCUUUGACAAGUAUGGCAUCGAUUUCAGAACAAGCUCUAAAGUCAAGGGGGUUAAUGUUGAAAGCAACGAAGUGACUCUUGCAGACGGCACAACUGUGUCAUACGACAAGCUCUUGCUAGCAACUGGAGGACAUCCAAAGAGACCAAUUCUCCCAGGAAUAGAUCUCGAGGGGGUUUAUACAUUAAGGAAUGCCAGCGACCAAGAAAAGAUCAAGAGCCAUGUUAAGGAUGGACUUAAAGUGGUUAUUGCAGGAGCCAGCUUCAUUGGAUUUGAAGCUGCAGCUAGCUUUGCUUCCUCCAAGAUUGAAGGAGUCCAAGUCCAUGUCGUUGAUAUGGUCAACACUGCAUUCGAAGGAGCUCUUGGUAAAGAUGUUGGAGGAGUUCUCCAAAAGUUAGGUGAAGACAACGGAGUUAAAUUCCAUCUCUCUAAUGGAGUUAAAAAGAUUCACGGAGAAGGAGGAAAAGCAACCAAAGUUGAGCUAAACAAUGGAGAAAUCUUGGAUGCAGAUAUUGUCUUGUUUGGAACUGGUGUUCAACCAACCACACAAUACAUUCAGGAAGGUAUUGAAUUAGAUAGAGAUGGAAGUAUCAAAGUAAAUCCAUUCCUUCAAACGUCUGCUUCAAACGUCUAUGCUGCAGGAGAUAUUGCUAGCUAUCCAUACCAUGUGACUGGAGCAAGAGCUCGUGUUGAGCAUUGGAACCAUGCUUUGCAGCAAGGAGAAAUUGCUGCAUUCAAUAUCCUUGGCAAAGAUAUUCCCUAUGACGCAAUCCCAUUCUUCUGGACCAGAAAUUACAUGAAAUCCCUCCAAUAUGUUGGAUACACUAGAGAUUAUGAUGAUGUAUUUGUAGAUGGAAGUCUUGAAGAACAAAAAUUUGUUGCUUACUAUACCAAGGGAGAAAAGAUCCAAGCAGCCGCUGCUUUCAACAGAGGAGCUGAUAUCCAUAUCAUCAAAGAAGCCAUGAGACUCGGACUUCUUCCAAAGGCUAGUGAGAUCAAGGAUGGGUCUGUAACAGUUCAGGAUCUUAAGGCAAAGAUAUUGGCCAAGCCUGGAGCUUCAGCUUGUAGAAGAAAAUCAUGCUGCAGGAAUAAAAAAUCUUCAUAAGUACUCAACUUGAAUUAAUUUCAAUACU